CUCUGAGUGUUUAACAAGGUUGAGCCCCCCAAACACACAGCAAGAUCCCGGAAUGAUUUUUUUUGCAUUUCCCGCGAGGUUCGGUGUGUGUGAAUGGAGCGCGGACGGCCAAAGCAGCGACUUGGUGACGGUGGUGGAGAGCCCGUGUGGCCAGGCAGUGUUCCGGUGCCAGGCGGAGGGGAAGCCCGAGCAGUUCGAACCGCCCCCGCCCCCCCCACAGCCGCCCCCACUGCCCGGAGCUGCAGUGGGCCCAGCGGGCCAGGCACCAGCCCGCCAGCCUCGCCCUCCGGAAGCAGGAGGAGGAAGACGCCAGCAAGCGGCCCAAGUCCCUCUCCGACAGCUAUGAGCUCUCCACGGACCUGCAGGACAA